AAUAAGCUCUAUAGAUAGAAGCAGCAUAGUAGAACAAACAAGAAGAGAGAACAAGUUAUCAAGAACAGAGCAAUUCAAAGCAUACCUUUCAAAAUGGCGUUCUACAUGGAUGAAGAACAAUUCUGGAAAUGUCCAAAACACCCUUCAAAGCGACGAAGAAACGGAGUUUGCCAUGUUUGUCUCAAGGACCGUCUCGUCAUACUCUGCCCUGACUGCGCUAACGUACGCCCCUGUGCUUGCUCCGCCUCUGCCACGUCAUCAUCUUCCUCCGCCUCGUCAUCAUUUUCUCUCUUCUCCUCAUCCUCCGGUCGCAGCGCCCCCGCUAGCGACGGAGUUGGCCGAGUUUCUAAUCUCAUAGAUAGUGAACCGGCGUUCCGACGGUCGAGAUCCGUCGGAAUUCCGUUUCUCCGAUCACGAACUAAAAACUCCGGCGAUAUAAAAAAUCAGCCGGUUACUAAAACGGCGUCGUUUUGGUCGGUUUUUAAGUUGAGCAAUAAGAGUAAGAGAAGCGGAGGAUCAGAGAGCGAUGAAUUAGCAAAAGAGAAAGGGAAUAUUCAUCGUGAUAAUAGUAAUGAUUUUCCUGAUGGUAGAAUUGAGGAUUUUGCGAAGAUGAUGAUGAGAUCAAGAUCAUUGAGUGUAGCGAUAACGUCUGGUAAUUGCAACAAGUCGCCUGCGAAGUCGAAAGGAUGGUAUUUUCCAAGUCCAUUGAAAGUUUUCCGGCAAUCCAAGGCUUCGAAAUUGGUUCAUGAACGGUCGCCUUUGUAUAGAGGUUAAGUUUUUUUGCUUUUUCCUUUUUAAUGUUUAGAAAAUAACGGUAUUGUAUGAAGGCAGUCAAGGAAGUAAAUAACAAGAUUAGUUUCAUUUC